AUGUAUUCAAUUCAGGCAGUCACUCUUUUCUUCACCCUUGUUUCAGUGUGCAACUCCCAACAGUCGGGACCUGUGAGGUCUCCGUUCCCUUCAAUUUCUGGUUUCCGUAACACAACCAGUGUCCCUGUAUCGACGUUCAUCUCUAUCACCCCAACACCAGUGUCCUCAUCAGUCGCCGCAACAUCUUCAGCCCCGGCAACCGUGACCGUAAGCAAUGGCGAGACUGUCGCCGUUGCAGCCGGCGUCGUCGUUGUCGGUGCUGGCAUAGGCGGCUUUUUCACUGUCAACGGUGUUACGACGCCUAUCGCAGGAGGCGCAUCUGUGGUCGCCGGAUCAUCAGCUACGAACCCGGGUGACCCGAGCAAUCCGGAUGAUCCAGACAAACCAAAGUCUAACGACGGCGACAUUGCGACGAACUCGGGGCCAGCAUCUGUGCCAGCCUCGUCCGCACCGCCGGUUAGCGCGACCAGUUCAGAUAUCCCCUUUUCGAGCACAUCGUCGUCCGCAGUCCCAACAGGCACAGGUGUAGACUACAUGAUCUUUGCCAAGGAAAACACCGUCAAAGCGGACGCCGAUGGCUUCGGCAACACCCUGGCAGGCCUGGUUGGUGCAGAUAACAUAGACAACAUUGUGAAUGAUGCCGGCGUUCCCUAUGCUUGGCGUGCAAACCUCAACCCCGAUCAACUUGAGAAGGUCAAGAACGACCGCGUAAUCGCCGGGACGGAUAUCAAUGACCCUCUGACACGCGAUGAUGAUCCGCCGGCUGGAGCCCAACCGUCGGCCACUCAGCAGAAGCGAGCCGAAGUCACGCAGACACCGAUCGCCAAGAACGACAUCUUUGACCUCCGUGUGCUUUCGACGCCGCCGAGGGAGAAGGAAGCACUUCCCAACUAUCGAUAUGACGACUUCGCCGGCCAGGGUAUUACCAUCUAUGUGGUUGAUACCGGCCCGUUCGACUUGCAGCAUGAAGAGUUCAGGGCGCCCAGCCCCGACAUCACCCGCCGAGAGUUGAAUGUUGCCAGGAACAAGAAGUUCACGCUGGAAGAUACUCAGCACGGGACGUGUGUCGCUUCCAAGACUGUCGGCGGAACGACCGGAGCUGCCAAGCGCGCGAGUCUAGUCGGAGUGCGUAUUGACUUCACCGAGUUCGGUCUACUUCGCGGUCUCCAGUCCGCCGCCAAUGAGAUCAAGCAAAAGGGCCUGAAAGGUAAGGCCGUCGUCACAACGUCCAUUCUCAUGAGGGCACCCGACGCCAUCUAUACGACCUCAUUCCGCAGCGUCAUGAGGUCCUUCGUCGCCUUGGACGUUCCUAUUGUCGCGGCAGCCGGAAACAAGUUCUUGGACGGCCUGACCGAGCCCGACAAGUUGCCGGCAACGAUGGCGAAGGAUUUCCCCGUCAUCGUGGUAGGCAACGCAGGGAGGGAUUUCAAAAUAGCCCCGAAAAGCCAGCGAGGUAAUCUCGUGACGACGUAUGCCAUCGGUGCCGACAUCAAGUGCGCGGAUCCUCUCGACCUGACUGGUCUCGCGACAGAUUCAGGUACUUCGUUCGCCGCACCCCAAGUUGCUGGUAUGGUGGCAUACUGGAUGUCACACCCAGAGUUUGCUGGCGACUUGACGCCAGGCAAGGUGGCCGAGACGCUCCGCAACAUGACGGGUGCCCUUUCGUACCCCCGCGUUGCCGAGACAGGAUACCCUCCCAUCGCCUGGAACGGGCACGACCUGGCCGAAUCGUGUUCCAUCCCGAACAGCGGAACCGGAAGGAGAGCAAAGCGCGCUAUGAGGCGUGACCUCGGCCAGGCGUGUUCGUAUGCGCCCACCUCGGUGGCUUCAGCCGCCCCGACAGCCUCAGCCCCGGCCGGCAACGCCCCGCCGUCGGGGAGCGACGUGCCUACGGCGACGACAACCUCGGUCACGGAGACGGCGACCGCUGGACCGACGACGUGUAACUUGUGCGGCGCCAUGCUCGACAGUGGCAAUGCAGGCAAUUUGGGAGGACAGGUCGGCUGCAACGGCGCUGAGUAUGCCCGGAGCUCGUGCGAAGCUAACGCCGACUGCAAAUCUUGGGCUUACGGCAAUGAAGACCGGGGGACAUACACCAUUCCUGUCUGCCUUCUGUUCACGGAAUCGGCUACGCAAAUCGUCAGCCAAGCUCCGGCAGAUCCCGAGGGCAAAUGCCCUUUCAGAUACCACGAUACAUAA